AUGAAAAAUCCGAAAAAAGAAAUCAAAGACAUUGACAGACAACUAUCCAACAGCUCAUUGGGGAUUGAACACUUCUUCCGUGAAAUGGGUCAGAUCUAUGAAGCUUCACUUUCCCUUCCAGAAACUGACCCUUCACGUAAACAACUACAGCAUUUGCCCAAACUAUGUGCACAAUUGUUAUUCGGUGGACUUCCUCUUGAGCUUGUAGAUGGAGAAGCAUCCAACAUACCUCUCAGAUGGAUUAGUGACGUUCUUUCUCAGCUCAAUGACUUGAUGUCUCCUCAGAAUAAGAUACUGGUAGUCACUGUUCUUGGAGUUCAGAGCACAGGGAAGUCCACUCUCCUCAACACUAUGUUUGGAGUGCAGUUUGCAGUCAGCAGUGGUCGAUGCACUCGAGGGGCCUUCAUGCUGCUCAUCAGAAUCAAUGAAGAUAUCAAAAAAGAACUCAACUGUGACUUCAUGGUGAUCAUCGACACCGAGGGCUUAAAGUCACCAGAGCUUGCACAACUGGACAAUAGCCAUGAGCACGACAAUGAGCUUGCAACACUUGUUGUUGGGCUGAGUGACGUCACCAUCAUCAAUAUUUCAAUGGAGAAUUCAACCGAAAUGAAAGACAUCCUAAAAAUAGUCGUGCAUGCUUUCCUCCGGAUGACAGAGGUGGGCAAAAAGCCCAAAUGUCAGUUUGUUCACCAGAAUGUGUCAGACGUUUCAGCCCAUGAGAAGAACUUACGAGACAGGAAACUGCUCAUGCAACAGUUAAACGAGAUGACCCAGGCAGCAGCCAAAAUGGAAAAGAAAGAAGAGAACAAGAACUUCACUGAUGUGAUGGAGUACAGUCCAGACACCGGGAACUGCUACAUUCCUGGACUCUGGAAUGGAAACCCACCAAUGGCACCAGUCAAUGAAGGGUACAGCGAAGCUGUGUACGACCUGAAGAAGAACAUAAUCCAUGUUUUGGGAAGUUGUGAGUCAUCUGCUUAUGAUAUCUUGGAGUUUACAGAGUGGAUGAAAAGUCUUUGGAAUGCAGUAAAGCAUGAAAACUUCAUCUUCAGCUUCAGAAACAGCCUGGUGGCUGAUGCCUACAUGAAGCUGUGCACAGAAUUCAACAAAUGGGAAUGGGAAUUCAGACAACUCAUGUACACGUGGGUUACAGAUGCAGAAACAAGGAUUCACAACGUUGGUACCGUUGCUGGGAAAUCUGAGAUAUCUGACUUGUCAGAAUGUGUCAAACAUUUGAAAAGUGAAGCUUCCACAAUUCUGUCUGAAUGGGAGACAAAGCUUCUUGAAAACCUGGCACGGUACUUCAAGCAGACAGAGGGUCAUGUCUACCUCGUUGAAGAAUACAAAGAAGUCUUUGCAACCGGUGCUAAGAGUCUUCGACGACAAAUGCAGAGCUCCGUGUUUAAUCAGCUCACCACAGCAGCUGACAUCAGAAACGGGAUGACAGAACUUGAUAGAAUCAAGGAGAACCACACACAAGAAUUGGAGGGGAGAGUGCGUGCAUUGAUAGAAAAGUGUCAGAAGAAAAAUAUCCAAAUGACAGAAAAGGAGCUGGAUGAAGAAUUUGACAAGAUGUGGACUGAAACGGAGAAGGAACUUUCUUUUAAAGAAAUGAAGUUCGAUGACAUUUACAACAUUGUGACUCACCAGCUGCGAGAAGAUGUAUCACAGAAGGGAAGUUAUGCAUCUAAAUUGUUAAGUCAAAACAGGCUGCAAGAUUGUGGAUUGGAUCCUUUUAUAUACACAGCUGAAGGAUUCGUAAAGCGUUGGAAAGACAAAUGGAAUAAGAUGCGCAAUGUUCAAAGUCACACAACGACUGUGCAACACUUUGCAGAUUGCAUCAUUGAUCAUUGCAAACAGUUGAUAAGUGAUAAGAUGCAAAGACAAAACAAUUACCAUGACACUCACAUCCAGGAGAUUUUAAAAGUGAUUGAUGAGAGGCUGCAAAACAAUCAGGAUGUUAAGAUAGACAUUCAGUUUGAAGUUUCCCUGAAACAGCACAUCUGUGGCUUUGCAGCCAGACAGUUUCAGAAAAUGCAUGAGGAUUACAUACAGGCGAAUGAUCCUUCCAGAUGUCUGAAUCAAAACAAGGAAAAGUUUCGCACUGACUUUAAAGAUGUAUUCCAUGACCGAGACCAGUGCCAAAAGAAGGCAGAAGAAUUCACGCGUUGCUGCCUGAAGCCUGCAGUCGAAGACUUUGUCUACCGGUCCCUGGGUCCUGAUAUCAUCGGAGACAUGCUGACAAAUGAGCAGUUCAGCACACGGAUGUCCUUCCAGUACUCAGUUUUACUGGAUUUGCUUAGACAGGAUGACUUUGAGAACUAUUGGAGCUACAUUUGCUUCUAUGAAGUGUAUGUCAAGAAUUGGAUACUCGACCAAAUAGUGGAACGCUUCUCAGAAGAGUCUACGAUGUUUGAGUUUGAGGAUCGACAUGUGCAGUCAAGUAUCAGGAUCAUCAAUGCUGCUGUCAACAAAGCCAAAACAGAAAAGAGUGCCAACUUGGAGUCAUUUGUUAAAAACGUCUGUCAGGAACUUGGUGAUAAACUGGUCAUUUCCCAGGAUGCUUUUGGUGCUUUCAUGAUCCUGAACAAUGCCGACCAGGAGCAGUUUGCUCACUGGCUGACUGAGUGUGUGAAGGACAUGGCACAAGUCCUUCAAGAGGAGUUUAAUGAAACAGACAUCCUAAUGAAACUAAAAGACCUUCGUGUGAAGCCUCAGAACGAGCUUUUCACCAAACUGAUUGGAUGUGGUAAGCAGUGUCCAUUCUGCGCAGCGCCUUGUGAGGCAGGAGGACAAGAACAUAGCGAGCACUUUGCUUCACUACAUCGGCCGACAGCUCUGGGUCGAUACAGAUGUUCUCUCUCACAGAAACUUGAUACUGAUAUAUGCUCCUCUCUUGUGAUCACACCAGACAACACUUUUCGGUGUGGUGCUACAAACUGGGAAAGUCACCACCACAAGGAUUACAAAGCCAUUUUCCCUGACUGGAAGAUCCCACCAGAUGGAAGCCUUGAGGCAUCAGACUACUGGAAAUAUGUACUCGCCAAAUUCAACAAGAAGUUCGCCAAAGCAUUCAAAGCAGAGCCUGCUGAUAUUCCUGUAACGUGGAACAUGAUUACACCUCAGCAAGCAGAGGAAAGCCUCAAAGAGUCUUUCAACAUCAAGUGAGGAAGA